AUGUACCAACGCCUACAGAACUUGAGGCAGGGCACUAGGUCGGUGGAUGAAUACACCAACGAGUUCUACCAGUUGGUUGCUCGUAACGAGAUUCAGGAAACCAAGGAUCAGCUGGUGGCGAGAUAUAUUGUCGUGCCGAGAGUGCAGCUACAGGAUACGGUUAAUUUGUUCGACCAUGUUAACGUGUCUUCCGCCCAUAAGAAGGCCCUGAUUGUCGAAAGACAACAAAAUCGAGCGGGCAGCGGGAUGUUCAGUGGAGGUGUUGCCGCUGUAGGAACCGAAACUGGUGGGGCUGCCCGAGCUGGCGGUAGUAGUCCUGUUCCUGGACGUCCGAUGAGGCCUGCCAACAUUGGGCCGAUUUAUGUAGUUGGAGGCAAUGGAGAGGUCGAGUUUGACGAGGAGGAAGAGAUUGUGACAGGAGAUGGAGUGCCCAAUCUGGUGGUGAGGAGGUCUUGUAUGACCCUGAGAGCUGCGAACGAAGAAUGGUUGCGUAACAUCUUCCAGUCCACCUGCACCAUCAGGAAUAAAAUCUGUCGUUUCAUGAUAGACUCGGGCAGCUGCGAGAACAUCGUAUCUGCUGAGGCCGUGCAGAAGUUGAGCCUGCGAAGUGAGCCACAUCCAAAAUCGUAUAAGCUGGCAUGGCUAAAGAAAGGAGGUGAAGUGAGUGUGUUGAAGCGGGUGCUGGUUAUCUUCUCUAUUGGCUCUCGGUAUAGGGACUCUGUGUGGUGUGACGUUGUCAUGAUGGACGCGUGUCACUUGUUGUUGGGAAGGCCCUGGCAGUUUGAUAGGAGCAUGAGCCAUGAUGAACGGACCAAUAAGUACAACUUCACGCAUAAGGGAUUAAAGAUUGUACUGGUACCGAACAGAGAUAGGGACACUAUCGAGCCCGAAUCUGCGAAUUCGGUUACCGCAACCAACUUGCUGGAGGUUGUGGAGGAGGGUCGUACGUCUUAUGAGUCCUUACUGAUCUUGAAAGAAUUUCAGGAUGCCUUUCUUGAGGAGCUGCCAAAUGGUCUACCACCCUUGCGGGAUAUCCAGCACCAUAUCGACCUGCAGCCUGGUGCGGCCCUUCCGAACAGACCACGCUACAAGAUGAGCCUGACUGAACAUGAAGAGUUAAGGAGACAGGUGGAGGAGCUGAUCUCGAAAGGGUUUAUUCGGGAGAGUAUGGGCCUGUGUGCUGUCCGGGCACUUCUAGUGCCUAAGAAGGAUGGAUCAUGGCGUAUAUGUGUAGAUAGUCGAGUCAUCAAUAAGAUAACGGUCAGGUACCGUUUUCCCAUUCCUCGCUUGGAUGAUCUGCUUGACCAGUUGAGUGGUGCUAGGAUUUUUACGAAGCUGGACUUGAAGAGCGGUUAUCACCAGAUUCGGAUUCGUGUUGGAGAUGAAUGA